AUGGCGCUCGAAUACUCUACAGUUUCAUUACAAGUCAAGGGAGUGAAGCUCAAUCUCUCAACAAUACACUACUUCAACUUCAACCCUCCAAUUCUCUUCCUCCACGGUUUUGGUUCCUGCAAAGAAGACCUAGCAGAUCUACCACUUCACAAAAGUCUCCAAAACUACAGCUUUAUUGCCUACGAUGCCCCAGGCUGUGGCCAAUCCACAAGCAGUGAUCUUUCAACCACCGAUAUUCCCUUCCUCGUGGCAACAUCCGAAGCGAUUCUAUCUCAUUUCAAGAUCAACGAAUUCCAUCUAAUAGGCCACUCAAUGGGUGGUCUCACAGCCCUUCUCCUCGCAAAUCGCCACCCCGACCGGGUUCUCAGUUUUGUAGAUAUCAAGGGUAAUCUCGCGCCCGAGGACUGUUUCCUUAGCAGACAGAUCUUUCAGUUUCCCAGUGACGACCAAGAUUCAUUUCUGAACGAGUUCAUCGAUCGGACAAGGAAGAAAAAAUCUUUCGGAAAUCCCUUAUAUGCGAGUACGUUACGCACGCGUGUACGGUCUGAAGCUGUGCGCCCGAUAUUCGACUCCAUGGUGCGGUUAUCGGAUGAAGAGGAUCUGGUUGGGAUCUUUCUUCAGUUACACUGUCGGAAGAUGUUCAUGUUUGGAGAAGAGUAUAAUCAGUUGCCAUAUUUAGGACGACUGGAACAGGACGGGGUGGAGUUGGCGUCGAUUCCAGAGAGUGGGCAUUUCCCGAUGUAUUCGAAUCCUGUGGAGAUGUAUCGACAGAUUGGCGAGUUCUUACAUAGAGUGAGUUGA